CACAACAUCCGCUUAAUCCGGAAGUGAUUUUUUUAAGCGUUCCAAGAAUUCCUUUUAUGUUCCUCAUUUUACAUGUUUACCAUCCACCGGUAUGGCGUUGAGUUACAAAGGCGCACGUCUUCCUCCUGCUUCUUUGCAGCUGCUUGUGCCUCCAGUGAGACUGAUGUCUGCCUUAGCGUGGCAGGUAGCUCAGGAGCACAGUGUGCUUCAGUAUGAUAAACUGCUGGACUUCAUCAACUUGGUCAUGGAGAUUGUUCCAGAGAUUCUGAAUCCCAUUCAGAAAGCUCAACUCAUCAUGGGUUUGAGAGCAAGGCUAGUUUUGGAGCUGUGUCACGUGGAUGGUGUCACCAACCUAAAGACCAUCCAGAACCACCUUGAUAAAAUCCACUCCUGCAGCUCUGAGCUGAGCUCCAUUGAUCAAAUGGAAAGCAGUGAAAUCCUAAGGAGUUCCUAUAGAAACUUUGCCACUCUGGUGCAGAAAAUCUUGAGUGUUCCAUUUGAAAAGGAGACAUUCUUUCAUGAGGUUUUUCCUAAAAAGUAUGGCUCUGCCUUCAACCAAGGGAUCCAGCAGCUCGUGUCUGUGUUCUUGGUCAGACUGGAGCAACUGCUGCCUGUACCAGAUCUUCACGAGACAUCAGCGUUGCUCACUGGUUCAUCUACACCAGAAGAGUUUUCGCGCAGUCUGUCUGAUCCUGUCGCGUUAAAGACCCUUCUGCUUCAUUACAGAGAGCGGGGGACUCUCAGCUCAACUCUGACCAGCAACGAGGAAGACAUCAUUCUGCACACGUUGGCUCACCCACCUGAAGAAAGACUCCCAGUAAAUCACAUUGAAGGUGAUGACGAUAAAUAUGACAGCGAUGCGAGGACGUUGGCUUUGGAGGACGUGGACGAAGACCUGGCUGAAAGCUUAGAGGACACCUCAGAAGACUGGGGUCCGAAAAGGGAGUCAGAUCUUGUAUCUCACUUGUACAUCUGUUCCGAGUGUUCGUUUACACAUUGUUGCAUAAAAAAGAUUCAAGAGCACAUCCAAAAGGAGCAUCAAAAAACAGGGAUCAAACCCAGAAGGAAAUCUUCAAAAACAGUGAGUUUGGGUGCAAAGAUAAAAAAGAAAGACAUAGAAAAGAGCUCAAAGAAAGAGAAGAAAGGCACAAUGAAAAAUAGCCCUGACAAGAAACUGAACUGUGAGCAGAAUCAAGACAAGCCGGGAAAUAGGAAAUCCCAAAGAAGAAAAGAACCUACAGGGGUUGAUAAAAGGUUUCUAAGCACACGGCCUGAGAACAAAAACUUUUCAGAAGAAGAGACCAGAUGUCAGACCUGUGAGAAGGUCUUUGAACACCCUAAUCAACUGAGGACCCAUAUGAGAAUCCACAGCUUCCGAUACCACUGCAGUCUGUGUGAGAAGGGCUUCACCAGCCAGUCGGGGUAUUAUCAUCACCAAAGACUCCACAAAAAAGGACGAAUAUUUAAAUGUGAUCUGUGCAACAAGGGAUUCCUGUGCAGCAAUUCCCUAAACCAGCACAAACGGCUCCACGACGGCCCCACCAAUUUGUGCAACGUAUGCGGAAAACACUUUAGCAAAAACGGUUUUGUGAGGCACAUGCAGAUGCAUAAAGGAGAGAGAAAUUACCUGUGCACCACCUGCGGGAAGUCGUUUUUCUCCUCGGGGGAGCUGCUCUUGCACAAUCGGUCUCACACAGGCGAGUUGCCCUAUACCUGCAUCCACUGUGGGAAAGGUUUCUCCUGCAAGGGUCACCUGACUGUGCACCUGCGCUCUCACACAGGGGAGCGGCCGUACGCCUGCUUGGAAUGUCCUAAACGGUUUCUGACUGUCAACUGUCUAAAGAGGCAUGCUCUCAGUCACACAGGAGUAAAACCUUUUAAAUGUACUAAGUGUGAGAAAGAAUUCUCUCAGCAAGGCAACCUAAAAAGGCAUCUGGCAACUCAUAAACCUGACAAGUAAUUAUUACUUUUUGAUGAAACAAACCAAUGUUGAAUUUGUGUGAAGAAUUUCCUUGUUUAAACUUUAUUCUUAUUAAAAAAAGGGAACCUUUUUGUAUAUUUCCA